UUCCAAUUUAACCUAUAAAAUUAAUUUAUCUAACCUAAAAAUCUUGAUUAGUAAAGUUAAGUCACUUUCACGAUCUAAUCACUAUUAAAAAUGGUUAUUAAAAAACAUGAUUACCCAGAUGUCGACAUAGACCCACUCUAAAAAGUUUUACAACAUGAAAUCUUUGUCUACUAUUGUUCAGAAAUGCCAGAUUUGUCCCUACUUCACAACUUUACCAUUUUAUAUGGAAAAUCAUGCCAAACUCAACCAUUCUUUAAUGGUACAUUUCAGCUGUGAUGACAAUGUAGAAACUUAUCGCUGUCAUGACUGCGACUUCCGGGCAGAUUUUAUUGUCACUUUGAAGAAACACAUUAAAGAGUGUCACCCAAGUGGAACAAACAAGCUUCAGCCAGAUAUCAAUUACAGUAUUCAGAACUACAGUUGCAUAAAUUGCCAUUUCGAAACUUAUACCUCAAUUAAACUUCUUCAGCACACUACAGCUUGUCAAGAUGCUCAGUUAAAAUUACACACAAUUGGAAAACAUUUACAAAAAAUAUGCUGGUAUCCGUGUGAAAAAUGUACUUACAAUGCCAAAAGCAAAUCUCAUUUAAGGAGACAUGCCUACAUCAAACACACAGACAAAAAGGACAUCAAGUGGCAGAAGUGUAAUCAUUGUUCAUAUGUGACAAAAACCUUAGAACGAUUAAAAACACAUAUAAAGCACAAACAUUUGGGUGAUAAAAGUAAGUGGUAUCACUGUGAUAAAUGCCCGCACAAAACCAAAUAUAAACAGGGAAUAAGAGUACACAUGACAAAUGUACACGAUGACAAUAAACCAUUCCAAUGUGAAAAGUGUUCGCGCACUUUUAAAAAUAUAAACCGCUUGAGAAGACACACAAUUAACAAACAUUUGGACGAGAACCAGAUUCAGUGGCAUCAAUGUGAACAAUGUCCAUACAAAGCUAAAACAAGGUCGACCUUGUUACAACACAUAAGCGAUAUACAUCAAAACGGUAAGAAAUAUCGUUGUAAUCACUGUACAUAUAAGUCACGUAGUUCGCUCGAAGUAGAAGACCAUAUGAACACUAAACAUUCACAGGGCAGUGAAGUUAAGUGGUAUCAGUGUACAAAAUGUCCUCAAAAAUAUAAAACUAACGGAGGUUUAAGCCGUCACCUGCGCAUGCAGCAUGAAGAAUUCUCUGGAAAGUAUCAGUGUAAUCAAUGCGAUUUUAAGACGACAAGUUCGCAAUCUUUAAAAGACCAUACGAAUAGCAAACAUUUAAGCGACACUGAAGCUGAGUGGUACCAGUGUGACGAAUGUCCAGCUAAAUACAAAAUUAAAUCGUCUUGGAGACAACACAUGAACUUGAAGCAUCCAAGUGGUAACAAGUAUCAGUGUGAUCAGUGUGAUUAUAAGGCGAAUUAUUCGCAGUGUUUGAAAGAUCAUAUAAAUAGCAAACAUUUAUCUGACACUGAAGCUGAGUGGUAUCAGUGUGAAAAAUGUUCAGUUAAAUAUAAAAAUAAAUCCUCUUUGAGGGAGCACAGACGCAUGAUACAUCGAGGUGGUAAGAAGUUUCAGUGUGAUCAGUGUGAUUUUAAGACACGUUAUUGCGGCCCUCUAGAAAAACAUAUAAGCAGCACUCAUUGACAACGAUCUUAUAAAUGCAAUUAAAAACAAAAAAUUGAAUAUAUAGAAAUGAAAUGAUGAGGUGUUCUUAUUAAAAACGUAAUGUAAUAAUUCAUUGUCUCAAAUUAAUAUAAGUUUUAUAUUUAUUUUUAAGCACUAGAAAUAUAUUUACUAUUUUUGUAGUAGUUAA